CUUGAGGAGAUCGAAAAUGCAUUUCUGUAGCACACAUAGUAUGCGAUUAUCAUCCCUUGCUCUCGACCAAGCUGCUCUAAUUGCCCAAGAAACACAAGUAGGGUUUCCUCGUUUGCAGACAAAACCGCUUUGCGGAGCGGUUUGAUGUGAUGUCAGACCUCAGCCACUUGCCAGCCACACCAGAUCGGCCAAUCACUGCCAUCAUCACUGCCACGUGAUAAUCGCCUUCUUCCAAGGUUUUCUCUCCAAACCAUCAUGACCAUUGUUAGAUCAUUAAGCUCGUAUGAACGACGCUCGGGAGUCAAUUGGGGACCACAGUUUGAAAGCCAUUCUUAACCAUAUAUUCAUUCUUUUUUAAUUUUUUGGGACCGUCUUACCUCCUACAUACAAUACGAUAUAAUCAUCCAAUUACUACCCACCCGAUUCUGCUGCUGGCGGAGAACGGAGUUAGCGGCGAAAAAGCAGCUUCUUUGAGAGCAAAACAACAAGGCGUUAUUUCGCCGUAAAGGAAUUUCAGAUACCAAUUUUAUUUAUCCUGUAUAUAUUUAUCUGGAAGUAUGUCGAGCCAGCCUCUCCUCCAAUCUGGCCCAGGCAAACGUAUCGCCCUCCCCACCCGCGUCGAACCCAAGGUCUUCUUCGCAAACGAACGCACAUUCCUCUCAUGGCUCAACUUCACCGUAAUCCUCGGCGGCCUGGCCCUGGGUCUUCUUAACUUCGGUGACCGCAUUGGCCGAAUUAGCGCCGCUCUGUUUACCUUUGUGGCUAUGGCCGCUAUGAUAUAUGCGCUGGUGACGUUCCAUUGGCGGGCGAAGAGUAUCCGGCAGAGAGGUCAGGGCGGGUUCGAUGAUAGGUUUGGGCCCAGUGUCUUGGCCAUUGCGCUACUUGCGGCUGUUAUUGUCAAUUUUGUGCUGAGGAUUCAGGAGGGGGCGAAGGGGAAGGCGUGAGGGGGCUUUAAGAGUAAGGGUUGUAUCUUUGGCAGCGCUGCUGGCUGGUCGUCGCUGUUAUGCAUUUUGGACCUGGGACUGAGAUACCUUUGGAUUUUUCUUCACGCCUUUUUGGUCAUUAUUGCUGCUUGAUUGUCUAAUUGAUGUCUCUCACGAGUUUUGUUUUCCCAUGCAUAGAGUAAGUAGGGAGGCCGCCUUUUGUUUUCCUUAGUUGCUCUAUUUUUAGCCCCCAUGUUGACGACUUGCGUUUCCUGCUCUUGGUUUUGCCAUUGGAUAAAAUGUACUAUGGACAUAUAUAGCUCCUGAUCUUGACUGACAUUUGGUUCUAUUUAUUUUCCCUACUACAUAUAACAGAUUCUUUUUCUUUCUUAUUUCACCUACCAACACAUUAUGUACAGUUCCAGUUUCCCCAACAAGCUGUAUGCAACAACAUGGACGGUUCAAAAUUUCCCUCUAUCUCCUCAAGCCGGACACAGAAUGACAAUCAGGUUCAGGUGGAUUCGCUCUCCCCGUAAUGGAGACGCCUCACCCUCCUAGUGAUAGCUAUGCUUUUUAGAAUUGAUUAGCUUCCGCUUUUUGCUAGCUUCCAAUAUGACCAAGCUCUGAACGGGAUUAAUAUCUUCUAGAUAUAGAGGUUGACUGCUUGUUAUAUCUAAGUAUGUACUUGGGCUUUCC